CGAAUAGGCAGGCAGAGGAGAAAACAACAAGCUACUAGGAACCACGGAUGGCCAUAGCCUCGUCUCUGAUGGUAGAUAUGGAGCUUCCAGCCGCUUCAGAGGAUGAGUCCUUUGACUGCACCCUCUGUGGCAUGGGCUUCCUCCGUCAGGAUCACCUCACCCGCCAUCUUGCUCUCCACAAUGGACAGAGACCCUUUACGUGCGCCGUCUGUCAUAGACAAUUUUCCAGAGGAGACACGCUGGAGCGUCAUCAAAUCACCCAUGGCGCAACACCGUCCGAUCAUCGAGCCUCCAAACCCAACGGACAACCCCGUGCCAGUAGGGCGUGUGCUUCUUGCCGCAGAUCCAAGGAACGCUGCGACGGCCAAGAACCUUGCUCUCGAUGUCGGCGCCAUGACAAGUCCUGUCAUUUUCUACCCCGUCGCACUCGCCAGACAUCCAAGUUCAAACAGCUCGGGUCAUCCACUUUCUCGACAACCACGACCGAUGGCAGCCACACGGCUUUUCAGAUCCGAGGCAACCGUCCCACAUCGCCAGAACAACCUUCGCUGCUUGUCACCGAGCCGAGAACUGUCCACAAUAGCGACCAUACAGAGAGCCUCGUCGCCAUGGGUUCCAACUUUAUCAAUGCCGACAUCUCCUUCGAUAUCGGUCAUUCUGACUUGGACCAGGACUGGCAUGACGUUUGCCAUUUCCCCCGGCCCGGUGCUGCGGCGGACGGUUAUAUGCCUGCCAUGUUAUCCCUGGGAUCUCAACGGACUUCCUCCUCAGUCGACGCUGCUGCCAUUCCCGUCAUGGCCGGGUUGAACUCCGCAGGCUCGUUGCAGCCACAGUGGUCUCCAGUUCCUGCAAACUCCGGAAUCUUAGAGGCAGAACUGGAAAACUUCUGCCAUGUCGAGAGCGUAUCCCCGGAAGGUUAUGACGACCUGAACCUUUGGGCACGCAUGGUAGACACAACCUGGGUGCGCAGGUCCGGCAGUCCUGAAUCGUCUGACUCUCUAGUCCUGCCACCCGCGGCAACUCUGACCGCUUUCAUCCAGUUAUAUUUUGAAAAGUUCCAUGAGACCAUGCCAAUUAUUCAUCGGCCUACUUUCAAUCCAAAUACUGCGCCAUCUCUUCUAGUCCUUGCCGUAGCUAAUAUCGGACGGCGUUUUUCAAGGCUUGCAGAGACCUCCUCACAAGUGGUUGGCCUGGAAAACUGGGUUUAUAAUGCUGUCAAACGUCACACGAAAAUAUUUGAAACAAGUGAAAGUAUUCCGCUGUGGCUGGCCCAGGCGGUGCUCUUGUCUCAUAUGGCCACGUCCUUCUCGGAUGAUCGCACCGCCGUUGAACGGAGUCACAUGACACGGGGCGUACUAGAUGUUGUCUUGCGCAAGCUCGAACAAUCUCGGACAGCAGCCGAGGUACGCCUCCUCGAUGUGGCUGAAGGUCCGGAUGAUGAGCAGGGACUAUGGGCAGCCUGGACUCAUUACGAGGCUAUACGGCGCACUGCAUACGGGUUGUGGCUCUUCGAUAGUCAGUGCUGCCUUUUGUUCGAUCUCACACCGGCGGUCCCAACUGAAGCACUUGAUAUACCGCUACCCUGCCAUGAGAAGCUAUGGGAAAAGUCCAGCGCUGCUUCUUGGGAAUUGCAAUGGACCGGAUCCACAAAGCAAUUGCCUACCUUGAGGGAAGAGCUUCAAUCAUUCUAUGAUUGCAAGCCUGUCGGCGGACACAUUGGUGCCUGUUCAUUCAUGAUAAUCCUCUUCGGCUUUUUCCGAGACUUGCUCGUUUUACGCCAAAUCGAGAGCCACGGCUUGCUUGGCGUGAUAAAUAUGCACGGAAAGCAUGUCACACGCCGGGAAACAUGUUCCUCGUCCCUGUGGAAGCUACUGGAUCCGAGCAAGCGGGCAGGAGGUUCAUGGAAUCGAGCAAAUGCUGUGACAGCCCAGUUCUAUCACAUCAUUAGGGUCGUGCAGGAAGUCUGUUUAAAGGAUCUCCUGGCUUUCACAGGCUGGCGAGUGGCGCGAUCAACACAAGCGGAAACAAGUCAGCGACUGAGGACUUGGGUCUCGGAGAAUGGUGAAUGCGCACGAAAGGUAGUCCUACACGCCGGUACUAUUUUCCAACAGUGCUGGAGCCGUUCGACUGAGGGCUAUCAAGAACCAAGCGCUAUCCUCAUUGCGUCUAUUGCUCUCUGGGUUUACAACAGCUCUUUGCCUUAUUGUUCUUGGGUCGCAGCAUCACCAACACAACUGCAAACAUCAAGGACAAUUCAUCGCCACGAUGAGGCACUUGACUCAGCCUCAACACUCCUAGCCACCUCGACAUCACUUCCAUCAAUACGAGCAGAAUCACCACAAACUGAGCUGACGGCGCAACCCCGAAGCGUCACGGUGUGUCUGCACAGUGGCGGCGACGACCACGAUGACGACUAUGCCCAGGACUGGGUGCGUAGCGGCCGGCAGAUACGGCCCAUGGUUGUCAGUGUGGGUGACAUCAAUGCCCCGGGCGCAUAUUUGAAUGCUGUGAGAAACAGCGUAGUAUUUCUAGAAGCACACAGGGAGUGGAAGAUCAGUCAGCUUUUUGCCAGUGUGCAGAAGGACCUCCUCACAGCAUUCGAAAGCAAUCACGCGCUCAGUACCAGAUGAGGGGAUUUGCUAUACCCUUUUUCACCCUCCUGUAUUCGUAUUUUCCUCUUUUUCUCUUAUUUCCACUAUUUUGCCCUGUAUAUACUUCAGUCAUCACUUCCCCUUCCUUGCCUUGUGAAGGAAAUCAGAUGUUGAAAGUAGUGUUUCUAUAAGGUAAUGAGUCUUUGGGGACCUUGGCUCUUCUAUUACUGGGACAUCGUAAAUUCUAUAUAAAUCCCGUUCUUCCCCCUUCUCAACGUGUAGAAUCAUAUGAAAAUUGAGCAAUGGAUAGGCAUACAGUGUGACCUAUAUAUUCAUG